GAGCAGAGCGGCGGCUGUGUAGCCACUGCCACGACCAUCAAAUGGGUGCAAGGACGGAUGCAGAUUAUGAUGAGGGGCCAGACGUGCGUGUCCGCCGCAGUCCUCCUUUCGUCGUCGAGGUGUUCCACUGUUCCGCAAGGCACUCUUCAUCACGUCUGUAGAGCUGGCGGUGCCGCUUGGAGCUGGAUCUGGUGGGUUCGGCUGCAGUUACCGCUUUAGCUUGUAGCUUUUCGGAAGUGCGUCACCUUUGCGGUCCCUCUUUCUGUCGAUGAAACGUCACGCUGUCCCGCGUCUCGCUCCGCAUAGCACCUGUAGUUUUGGCGGCGCUGCCCAGAUUUUGUUCUCGCGGUUCGGUCGCUUUCCGGCUUGGACGCGUCAUAUCUAUCUUACAAAGCCUUUGAUGGCUCGUGAUAUGCCUUUCGAUACCCACGAGCCUAGCCCAGCCUGUUCAACACUUGAUUAUCUGUUGUAGCCCUGCACUGGCUUCUUGUGGCCUAACGCGAUUGACGAGACCCAUCGAAGGGGAGCCAUGCGGCGAUGGCGCAGCACGUACAGUGAUCCUUCUCGAUCCGGCGCAGGUGUUCGUCUGAAAGAUGCCUCCACGGGUGCGGGCCUCGCCCUAACCCGCGCCGUCACAAAGCAAAGGAAACGGGCGCGGAUGGGUUGGUCAUUUGCGGACGACGGCGGCGGUGGAUCAACAGCGGUUGCUACUCCAGGUCGCCCGCGCUUUCUGGUGGCAGUGUCGCAGGGACGGACCCCAGUCCAACAGUUGGCGGGAUGCCCGAAACCUUCAGCUCGCGCUUGGAGCGUGAAAUCCUCGGUACAGUCCCGAGCUUACUGCUGGUCGUCCGUCCCCCAAGAGGAGAUCCUGUCGCCAAGACUCACGGCGUGCGUUCCUCCAUUUUGAUAACUCAAGCAAUACCAAACGCCAGACACCCCUGUCUGAGCGGCGGGAGCGGCAUCUCAGUGGUACUGGACGCGUCCUCUGAUCUGCCUACCCUGCUCCUACCGAGCCUGUCUUCACCGAUUUUCCCACAUCGUUGUGUUUACGCCGGCACUGUAACGGCCCCCAUGGAGCCGCGGUUGCCAGGCGCGCCCGUCGCCGUCGUGUUUUGCACCUUCUGGGCCCUGGUGCGGCUAUGGUCAGCCACGCCGUGUGCAUCUCGCAGAAGCACUGGCGCGUGCACAGGCGGUCUCGUGGGCGUACACCAGCAUGUAGGAGUGGCCUGAGAUCUUGCUGGCCGUUUGACUAGCUGGCUUCGCGAUAUUUUGGCUGUGCCCCGCCGGUGGCUCCUCAGACUCUUCCCUUGGUUCGGCCAUCCGCUUUGCGUGGCUUUCAGCGCGGCUCCAGCUGGGCAUGAAGCAAGCUUCUGGCAGGUUUGGAUUGCGCGCCGAUCCUGAACGUGUACCCUGACGCCGAUGCGUGCCGGCCAGCCGCGGCGAAACUUACACCAGAUCGAGCGAAUACAAUAUCCACACCUUUUGUCCCUAAUGAAAAAGCUCCCCCGCACCCCAUUUCCGUUCGCCGCCUGAUUCACUACCGAUCUGAACUCUCCAGCACCAUAAGCUCCCUCCAGCCCUGAAAUCACCUGCUUCGAACGCGCCAGCCUAGUUCUCACUAGCCAUAGAGGUUAGUGUACAACAUCCGCUACUGAUCGCGAUACCCAAAAGACGAAUAAACUUCCGUCGGUAACUUAACAAAUGCGCUCUGUCCACUUUCGUCGCACGCCUUUCUCACCAUGCACACAGCUGUCUCCGCCUGGUCGCGGGUCAUCUCCACUUCUCCCGUGCUCGUCGGCGCACAUUCUCCAGGCAGCAGCGCAGGGCCACACGCUCUCAGCCUUCCGUCGUUGUCCCGCCCAGGCGCCCCCGGCUCGAGGCGGAAACCUUCCGUUUGAUGGGACAAAAGAAUCUCUGCGCUCGGCAGGCCGCGGUGUCACGUCAAUGCUGGCUCAAAACGUUUGGACGUCGUCCCGGAGCCCGCAGCGGUUCUUGCUGCGGUCUAUUGACGUCCCGUCACCAGAGUUCGCCUGGGCAGGGACUACGGUGCUCGCGGCCCCGGAGCGCUUUUCAGUCCCCAUACACCAGCUGGGUCAGCUGCUGCACCCACACACGCCCGCGCACAUCACUGUCAGCCUUUUGUGAUAGUUCUCCUCCUCCACUCUGGAGAUCGCGAUUCACAUCUUGGCCUCAUCCUACCACCGAUCUGCAUUACUCCCAAAUCCGACGCUGCAAUACCGUAUUUCGAGUGGCCCUCAUAACCAUUUGAUAAUCCACCAGGCCAUCCAGCGACCCAGCCUGGUGGAGUGCACCGAUUCGCCGCUUCGUCACAAUUUUGUAUCCUCGCUCUCACGUUCGUAUCGUCAUCUUCCGUCGCCAUCUCUGUAAACACGUCAAACAGCCCUGUUUCACUCGGCCUAUUCGCUCACCAACACCCGCCGCCUCGAU